AUGAACAAUGGCCAAAUGAAGGAGUCUUUAUCUGGGACCACCACAAUCGAGGAUCUUGAGGAGCAGACCUUCAUCGCUUUUUGCGAGUUUGGUUAUCGGGGCCAGUACAGAACGCUUUCCAGAAAGGACGAACAGAACGGAGAGGCUUCGAGUGCCGAGGGUAAGGAUCUUUUGAAGAAGAUAAGGAAUUCACUGGACAAGCAGCCUCAGUGUGUUCCAACCCAGAUCUCCUUGCCCGUGCCAAGAUAUACGUCUUCGCGACCCGGUAUCUCGUUGAAGCGUUAA